GGAAAAGAAAGGGAAGUAAGCCACAUAAAUCUGACCAACAGCACAAGCAUCUCAAUUUGAAUCCACAAAGUUUUGGAUAAUGAAAAGAAAUACAUAAUCUUAAUUCAACCCAAGUGUUUUCCAAGCAGAUUAUAUUUGCUUAAAUUGCUACAGUAAUUCAAGGACAGCCCUGUCUGGACACACAGUUACUGUGGAUUUUUAAGAGACUCAGUUAAAGAAUUUAGGAAUAUCUGAUUCAAUUUACAGGAUUUGCAAAUUCAUCAACCCCUGAAAACUAAAGCAAACUUAACAGGGCAGAAAAGAGCAUCGAAAAAAAGAAGCUGCAGUGGGAAAAUACUGGUUAAUAUUAACUAAAACCAAGAGCGUCUCCUCUCAUAGGACAAAAAAGGAACAUGGGCUUUUUAAGUCUAGCACAUGUCCUUUUCUUCUUUUUUGGAGUCAAAGUAUAUUGCCAAUAUGAAAAUUAUCAAUGGGAUGAAGAUUAUGAUCAAGACCCAGAUGAUGUCUACCAACCGGAAUUCCAAUUUCAUCAAAAUGAGGACUUUCAAGUUCCUUUUCAUCAGUAUAUGUUAGGCUGUGCCUCUGAAUGCUUCUGUCCACCCAAUUUUCCAUCAUCAAUGUAUUGUGACAAUCGCAAACUCAAGACUAUCCCACGUGUCCCAGCACACAUACAGCAGGUCUACCUUCAAUUCAAUGAAAUUGAGGCUGUGACUGCGGAUUCAUUCAUCAAUGCAACUCAUCUCAAAGAAAUCAACCUCAGCCACAACAAAAUUACAUCUCAAAAGAUUGAUCAUGGUGUGUUUGCUAAGUUGUCAAAUCUACUACAACUUCACCUACAGCAUAACAAGUUAGAAGAAUUUCCAUUUCCUCUCCCUAAGUCUUUGGAGAGACUUCUUCUUGGCUAUAAUGAGAUCUCCAGAUUGCAGACAAAUGCCAUGGAUGGGCUAGUAAACUUGACAAUGCUUGAUCUCUGUUACAAUCAUCUCGAGGAUUCCAUGUUACAAGAAAACGUACUUGCCAAAAUGGAAAAAUUAAUGCAGCUAAACCUAUGUAAUAACAGAUUAGAGUCAAUGCCUCCUGGUCUGCCUUCUUCACUUAUGUACCUCUCUUUGGAAAAUAAUUCAAUUUCUGCUAUACCAGAAAAUUACUUCAAAAAACUUCCCAAACUCCAGGCUCUACGAGUGUCACACAACAAACUACAAGAUAUCCCACAUAAUAUUUUUAAUCUUCCCAACCUUAUAGAGCUCAAUGUUGGACACAACAAACUGAAGCAAGCAUUCUAUAUUCCAAGAAAUUUACAACACCUAUACCUAGAAAAUAAUGAAAUUGAAAAUAUCAAUGUUACAGUGAUGUGUCCGUCUGUUGACCCACUGUAUUACCACCACUUAACGUACAUCCGUAUGGACCAAAAUAAGCUGAAAGAGCCAAUAAGCUCAUACGUUUCCUUCUGUUUUCCUAAUUUACACACUAUUUAUUAUGGUGAGCAAAGAAGCGCUAAUGGGCAAACAAUACAACUGAAGACUCAAGUUUUCAGGAGAUUUCCGGAUGAUCCUGAUAGUGAAGAACAGGAAGAUCACCAAGAAGGUCCAGAACAAGAAGAAACAGAAGAAAACAUUGACCCUCACUAUUACGGAAGUUAAGAAUGGCAAGAAACUAUAUAGGUCUACAUUUAUGAUUGUAUACAAUGGUAUUAUUCAGUAUUGAUUGAACUCACAGUAAUAUAUCUAGAAUCAUGCAUUAGUAGAAGAUCAGACUGAAUUUAAGUUGUUGGUAACACUUGCAUCAUUACACAGUAUUCAAACUUACUUAAAAUUACACAAGUCUUUAGAAAUAUAAAUUAGAAUGACAUGGGAAUAUAAAACUAAACUUUAAAAAUAACAGUAUUAUCAGGCUGAGGAGAAAAGAAAGUAUGCCAUCUCUAGUGAUAUUAACUGUUCUAAGAGUGACGAAAACAGCAGCACUAGAAGCCAAGAACUGGAAGAGGCCAGGGCUGAGAUGCCCGGGCUUAUGUUCAUGUAACGGGCAGCCAUUCACUCAGGAGUCCGUUAUUUUCUUUGACCUGGAUCUCCAGAAAAGCUUUUACAUUUGUAUGUGAAAUCUUAUCACCAUAACAUCCACCUCCCUGGCCCUACCACUGAGAGCAAGAGAGGAUGCUUCUGAUUUUCGAAAGAGGCCAUUCUGCUACGGAUCGAAGACUUGUAGUUUCACAAAAUCAACUGGUCUUUGCUUUUCUCUCAGAGCACCAGAGCCACACAAUUCUAAAACAUGUAUUUGGAUAACUAAACAAACAAACAAAAAAAACACUAAAUUGUCUCAUCACAAUCAUAUUUUAGCAGAUUUCAGCAACUGUCCAAAACAAUCUGUCUUCCAUUUUAGCGGGGAUCAAUGUUUCUAUAGUAAACUCACUAGGGAAAGUUUUUGUUGUUAUUGUAGCUACACAGAGAUUCACCAAUAAAUAACUGCUUUGCUCACAUGGUUAGUUUAGCACACAACAGUAUACCAGCAUUAUUAAAACACUUCCAUUUUCCUAGCACGAUAGAGUAGAAACACAUAUGAGCAUCAGCUCGUAUUUAUUUAAUUAGUGUUAAAGCUGAACAGAGUUCCUUUACAAUUCAGACAAGCUUUGCUACCUUCUUUAAAACCUUAGACACACCUAUUAUUUAACCUGUCAUUUUGAAGUAUUUUAAGUACGCCUUGUAAAGAAGAUGAUGGAAGUGCUAUGAUGAGCUCUUCUGACUUAUCAGCUGACAUUUCAGAGUUCCUCAGGAGAGGAAGAAACAGAGAUAGGGAGACCUACACGGGGAACCCGAACCAUAAAUGUUCAUAAUGUGGACAACAGGCCAGGACCACUUUUUGGCUGUUAAAACUUUAGGAGUUUUCAAGUGGUGAGUCUUUAUUUUGCUGGAGAUAAAGUGGAAAAUGAAGCUCCUAAUGAUCUUUAUUUCUUUCAUUAAAUUAUUAGCAUUUAGCAGAAACAGAACACCCACCUGUCCCAAAGGAAUGGCUCAAUUCAGAAUGAACACAAAUAACACUCCAUUCAUUCAUUUAAUUAACAUUCAUCAAGGCAUUUGGUGUGUAGGGCUUAGCAAUAAGGGCAAGAAACAGAAUGUAUGUGCACUUGUGAUACCUCAAGAUACAACGGUGAGGGUAGCAGAGCAAAAUUCUAGUAAUGUGGACAAAGCACACUUCCAAAAGAGGUUAAAAAAAAAAAAUUAAGGCCCACUUCAUAUUGGAAAAUACUAUGCGUGUUUCAGGAGAUAAAAGAGAUACAACUAUUUCUAAACUAAAACAAUUUAGAAACUAAAGAGAGGCCAUCAGGGAAAUGCCCAUGAACAUCCUAAGAGACACUUCCACAGUCACUGAGAGGGCUCGAACCAAGAAGACAAGACCCAGAACAGAUGUUAUUAGCAGGAGGCAGAGAGAGUAGGGCUCUCACACACUACUGGUGGGAUAUCCAGUGGUGCAGCUGUUUUGUAAAGCAGUCUGGCAGUUCAGAAUUUAGUCACUUAGGAUGCAGCCAUUCCACUGCUAGAUAUAUACUCAAGAGAACUAAACACAGAUGUUCACACAGAAAUAUGUCAGCAAAUGUUCAGAGCAGCACUAUCUACUAACAGCCGAAAAGUGGAAAGCACCCAAAUGCCCAUCAGCUGGUGAAUGGAUAAAUAAAAUGAGG